AUGUCCUGGGAGACCAUGAAGGCCACGCUGUAUCUAUGCGAUGGCUCUACAUUUCCUGGCCAUCUCUUCGGCGCAGCCAAAAGUGUUGUUGGUGAAAUUGUUUUCCAAACGGGUAUGGUCGGUUAUGUGGAAUCGCUCACAGAUCCUAGUUAUGCCGAACAACUUCUCACACUAACUUAUCCUAUGAUUGGAAACUAUGGAGUUCCAAAUCCUUCAGAAAUUGAUUCAUUAGGAUUGCCAAAGCAUUUCGAGAGCAGCCGUGUUUGGCCAGCGGCGUUGAUUGUAGACAAGAAGUAUGGUCCUGAAAAUGAGCACAGCCAUUGGAAAGCCGUGGAGUCGCUGAGCUCAUUCUUGCAGAGGGCUGGCGUUCCAGGAUUGGCAGGUAUCGACGUAAGAAAACUUACAAAGAAAAUAAGGGAAGUAGGAACAAUGAAAGCUAAGGUAAGCUUUAGGAGCGCGGGUGGGUCGAGGCGGAAAGUGGAGCAUUAUGGCUUUGAUUAUGCCGAUUGCUUAGAAUAUGUCACCACAGACGUUUGGUUCUGGUGCUGCAUUACCGUUCUAGCGGUGGAUUGCGGUAUGAAAAACAAUCAAAUUCGAUGUAUGGUGGAAAGAGGAGUGCGCGUGAAAGUUGUACCGUGGGAUCACCCAUUUGAAAAUGAAGGUGAGGGGAAGUCAAAGGACAAGGUAGACUUGACUGAGCGCGAUGGUCGCUAUCCACGAGUUACGGAAAAUACACAGUUUAUCGCAUUUGACGGACUGUUCCUUUCAAACGGUCCUGGUGAUCCAGAAAGGUGUACUGAGCUGGUAAAUCGCUUGAGCGAAUUCCUGAAGAAGAAGACGAAGCCGGUGUUUGGUAUCUGCUUAGGUCAUCAGCUGUUAGCGCGUGCUGUUGGAGCUAAGACGUACAAGCUCAAAUACGGUAAUCGAGGUCACAAUCAACCGUGCACCCAUCAAGGCACUGGACAUUGCUUCAUCACAUCACAGAAUCACGGAUUUGCUGUAGACACAACGUCAUUGCCAGCCGGUUGGCGACCGUUAUUCACAAAUGAGAAUGACGGUACAAAUGAAGGCAUUGUACACAUGUCAAAACCUUUCUUCAGUGUACAGUUCCAUCCGGAACACACCGGUGGUCCAGCUGAUUGUGAGUUCCUCUUCGAUGUCUUCAUAGAAGCAAUUGUUUCGAUGAAAAAGGGUGUGCAUUUCUGGGAAGAUGGUGGGUGCGGUCCAGAGGCCCACGUUGCCGGCGCGGCGAAGGCAGCGACGGGCUUUUUGGGUGGUACAACCAUCAUGAACACGGAAGAUCGUGAGAGAUUCAACAUGGAAGUGAGAAGCAUUGGUGAGCAGGUGGCACCGAGUCAUGCCGCAACCACUUUAGAUGGCGCUGUAGAGGCAGCUGAAAAGAUUGGAUAUCCAGUGCUGGUUCGAGCUGCUUACGCUUUGGGCGGGCUCGGUUCAGGUUUUGCAACAAAUCGCGCUGAGCUUGUGGCGAUCGCUCAACAGGCACUUGCACAUUCAGAUCAAGUGCUAAUCGAUAAGAGUCUCAAGGGAUGGAAGGAGAUCGAAUAUGAAGUUGUUCGUGAUGCAUACGAUAACUGCGUUACUGUAUGUAACAUGGAAAAUAUCGAUCCUUUGGGUAUUCACACAGGAGAAUCUGUUGUGGUUGCACCAUCUCAAACACUGUCCGACAAAGAGUACAACAUGUUACGAACAUGCGCAAUCAAAGUGAUUCGACACCUAGGAAUAAUUGGAGAGUGUAAUAUACAGUAUGCCUUGGAUCCAUCCUCGCUGACGUACUACAUCAUCGAGGUGAAUGCUAGACUUUCUCGUUCGUCUGCAUUAGCCUCUAAAGCGACCGGAUAUCCGCUUGCAUAUGUGGCAGCUAAGUUGGCGUUGGGUCAAAAACUUCCAGUCAUAAGGAAUAGUGUGACAGGUACCACAACGGCAUGUUUUGAGCCGUCGCUAGACUACUGCGUAGUGAAAAUCCCUCGUUGGGACCUCGGCAAGUUUGCUCGAGACCUCUCGAAUCCUACAGACAAGCGCAUGUUUGCAAUCGCCCGUGGUAUGUUCUAUGGCGAUUUCGAUGUCGAUAAAGUCUACGAACUGACGCACAUUGAUAAAUGGUUCCUGUAUAGAAUGCAUAAUAUUGUGGAAAUACAUCAUAAGCUGCAGAAAGAAUCGUUAUCGUCUUUAUCUGUGGAACUCCUUCUCGAGGCGAAGCAAGCUGGAUUCUCGGAUCGGCAAAUUGCUAAAAUGAUUGAUAGCACAGAAUCCAUGGUCCGCGAAAGACGUGUGCGCUUAAAUGUGACACCAUGGGUGAAGCAGAUUGAUACGGUAGCGGGCGAAUGGCCUGCACAGACUAAUUAUCUCUACGUCACCUACAAUGGGUCAGAGAAUGACGUGCAGUUCAAUAUGAAGAAUGCAGUUAUAGUACUAGGGUCAGGUGUGUACCGUAUCGGAUCGUCAGUUGAGUUUGACGCUUCUUGCGUGGGCUGUGUCAGGGAGUUGAAAGCACUAGGUUAUCAAACCAUCACCAUCAAUUGCAAUCCAGAGACGGUAUCCACGGAUUAUGAUAUGUGUGAUCGGCUAUAUUUUGAAGAAAUCUCAUUCGAAACAGUAAUUGAUAUCUAUCAUAUGGAAAAGCCGAAAGGAGUGAUACUGGCAUUCGGAGGUCAAGCUCCAAACAACAUAGCAAUGAGCCUCAGCAAGGCGCAGGUAUGUUAUUCAUGGAAUGACACAUUGAAAGGGUACGGUAGCCGGGUUGGCAAUUAG